CUCUCUAAAAAUAGUACAGCGCACAAAAGCUCUCUAAAAAUAGAACAGCACAAAACAGGUAAAAAAAAAGUCGUGAUUUUUUUUCAUUUUCCCGCUCCUCCUCCUUCCUCUUCUCUGCUUCUGCUUCAACCAUCGCCAUCGCCGCCGCUGCUUCUGCCGUCGCCAUCGCCGCCGCUGCUUCUGCCGUCGCCAUCACAGCCGCUGUUUCUGCCAUCACCGCUUCUGAGAUGAAGAACGUAUUCUCAAGGUUAUUGCAUAAUUGAUUCUCCCCCAUCCGCCCACACAACCAGACGCUUCGACUUAUCCUAAUUUGAAGAAAUUAGUCCAUGAUUCUGCUUAAUUCAAGUUUCCCAGGUAAUUGGAAACAAAUGGGACACUUACCUUGACCUUCUUCUAGCUGAUUACACCGAAGGUUAUUGGCGUUGUCCUGAUGGCCAGAGGGUUGCGGUUAUGUAUCUGAAAUUCUCCAUAGCUAACUCCUAUGAUUGAGUGGAAUCAGUUAAGGACCUUAGGAAAGGCGAGGGAUUGUGAGUCUAUGAUUAUCUCCAGUGAUUUGGUCCACUUGGUUUGCUUUAGAAAUGAAAGCGAUAAGUGAUGAUUGUGAACGGUUCAUCGCUUUUCCUUCUGGACAUAUAUAUUCAAGCAAACAAGUAUGUACUUAAGAGAUUAAUGACAGAUGUCCCAUUUGGUGUACUUCUGUCAGGUGGAUUAGAUUCAUCACUUGUUGCUGCUGUAGCUUCACGUUACUUGGAAGAAAUGGAAGGAGCUUACCAAUGGGGUUCACAGUUGCACUCCUUUUGCAUUGGACUGGAGGCUGCUGCAUCAUUAAGUGGAUCAUGUUCUUUGUUUUUUGAAGAAAGAAAGCACGUCAAAGUAUUCAAUAAUCCGAGGGGGCGGCCUUUCACCUUUGAGGAGAUAGAUGAAGUUCGAGAAAUGUUGGCAAACUUCAUUACCAGUGAUUGUCUUUGAUAUUUUCUUGUACUGAAUCUUAAAUCGUGGAUGCUAGCUAGUUUUUCAUAUGAUUGUAAUGUAAUCGACUUUUAUAUUUACAAUUAUAUACUAUUUAGUUUAAUUAUUUAUAUAAUUGGAUACUUUUUAUAUGA